AGGACGGCGACGAGGACGCCGUCUCCGUGAUUACUAACACUAACAGCGAGUGGUCCGAGGCAAUUCAGAGCCUCAUAAGUCCGGGUCAGAAGCAGAUAUCUCCGUCGCCGACCUCGUCUUCUUCGUCGUCCUCGCCUUCGUCUUCGUUGUCCAUGGCGUCGCCGGUUUCCAUCUGCUGGAAGCAGUCGCUAAUGGAGGCUGCGACGGCGAUAUACGAUGGCAGAGCAGACGUGGCUUCGGAGAUCCUGACGCGCUUGUCUGCCGUGCCGAACCCCAAGGGUAAUUCAGAGCAGAAACUGAUGGAUUACAUGCUGUCUGCGCUUAAAUCGCGCGUGAGCCCCGUUGAGAACCCACCCCCCGUGGCCGAGUUGUUCACCAAGGACCAUAUGUUAUCGACUCAGUCCCUUUACGAUCUGUCUCCUUGUUUCAAGCUCGGUUUCAUGGCUGCCAAUCUCGCGAUUUUGGAAGCUGCAUCGGAGCAACCCUCCGCUAACAAGCUCCAUGUAAUUGAUUUCGAUGUUGGUCAGGAAGGACAGUACCUCAAUCUCCUCCACGCGCUGUCCGCGCGUCAGGCGGGCAGUCAAUCCACCCUCAAGAUCACGACGCUGGCAGAUAACUUUAACAGUGAGGAGAGCCUCAGGUUGGUCGGGGACCGACUGAGUGAACUCGCGGCCAAGAUGGGAGUUAGGUUAGAAUUCAACAUCGUGAGCCAGAAGCUGAGCGAGUUGAGCCGCGACUCGCUGGGCUGCGAGCCCGACGAGGUGCUGGCGGUGAACUUCGCGUUCAAGCUGUACAGAAUGCCGGACGAGAGCGUGUCCGUGGAGAACCCGCGCAACGAGCUCCUCCGGCGCGUGAAGGGCCUGGCGCCGCGGGUGGUGACGGUGGUGGAGCAGGAGAUGAACGGGAACACGGCGCCAUUCAUGACGCGCGUGGGGGAGGCGCUGGCGUGCUACGGGGCGCUGCUGGAGUCGAUCGAGUCCACAGGGGCGAGGGACAACUCGGAGCGAGCGAGGGCGGAGGAGGGGCUGAGUCGGAAAUUGCGGAACUCGGUUGCUUGCGAAGGUAGGGACCGGGUGGAAAGAUGCGAGGUAUUCGGGAAGUGGAGGGCCCGGAUGGGGAUGGCUGGGUUCGAGUCGAAGCCACUGAGUCAACACGUGGCCGAAUCGAUGAAGGCGAGGCUGAGCAGUGGGAACCGAGUCAACCCGGGAUUCACGGUGAAAGAAGAGAAUGGUGGGGUUUGCUUCGGCUGGCUCGGCCGAACUCUCACCGUCGCGUCCGCCUGGCGUUAAGCUCCACUCGCUCCCGCGCACCCACUUUCCCGAAAAGUAUUAACCAAAUUGAUAUACGUAUGUGUAUGUUAUGUGCUAUGAAUGGCGAUGGCAAUGGUCAUGAUGAUGAUGAUGGUGAUGUCAUAUCUUCAUAAUGUAUUGUUUUCAAGUUCCUUUCUUCUUUUUCCUGAGAAAAUGGGAAAAGAAAAAAAAGGAUGAGGAGCAAGAAGAAGAAGAAGAGAAUCCCAUUCCCCACCCAAGCAAUUGAGUAAUAAGAAAGAGAUGUUUGGAUUUGAGGAGAGAAA